AUUUAACCGGGGUUCUAAGUUCUCUGAUACAGUAUUUGUUUUCUUUGCACUGUCCGUGAUCUGAUAAUAGAUAUCACUAAAAAAGUUGAAGUGCUUUUUACGAUUCACGAUUCACGACUGUCUCAGUUGGCCUUCAUCUUCUGUACAGGUGCCCAUCCCAACCACGACCAUGCUAUUACCCAGAGCUUUACGGCGGCUCGCGGCCCCUUCAGUAUUAUUCUCAGCACCUCUGAAACGGUUCAACUUACCUAUACGCGCACAAUGGCUCUCAUUGUCAGCUUCAACCUCGUCCGGCGAACUGUCGAUCCCCUCCGAACCUAUUCGCUCCGAACUAAAGAAUCCUGUCUCCUCUACUACACAAACAGAACCAACAAAACCAACAGAACAAACGGAACAAACUGAGCCAAAGAAGCCAGCGCAAUUACCAUACUUCGUCGCCAGGAACAAUCUCAAUAAUCUCGGCGUGUAUCAUAGGGUGAAGCGGGGUGGAAGUCUGAAGCUCACAUUGGUAAAGAAUGGAGAAGGAGAUUUAAAGGCUUUGAAAAAAGACAUCCAGGAGGCACUACAACUCAAAGAUAGCGAAAUAUCUCUCAAUAGUGUUACCGGGCACAUUGUCAUAAGGGGCCAUAUGAAGUUGCAGGUUUUCAACUUUCUCUAUAGUAUGGGUUUUUGAGGGGGCUGACAGAGUAGCGACGAUAUCUACACGGCGCCAUGAUGCCGGAUUACUCUUCCCCGAGGAAGUAAGGUGAAGUAAAGAUGGGAGGAGCCUGUAUGAGUAUACAAGCGGGGAGAAGAACCAGCCAGGCAGACAAAAGUUUGUCUUGAAGCAAUAAGUCAAGUCA